AUGUCUCACGAAACCUGCAAGGAAUUCAUUCCGCCAAGCUACUUGAGCAGAAAAUUUUUCAAAAGAAGUCUAGAAAAGGGACUAGCAAUUGAAGGAAUUGAGAUCGUUGAUUUCCAAAUGACACCUGGAAGCCAACCGGGUGAUAAUUAUACGAGUACGAUUUAUCGUGCCAGAGUCAUAUACAAUCAUGUGCAGUCGAGAAGUAACAAAAUCUCUCUCGUUAUAAAAAGUAUUCCAAUAGACGAGGCUCACUCUGUCAUCGAAGAAUUUGGGAUAGUGGAUAAAGAAAUUAAUGUCUACAAAGAGCUAUUACCUAAACUUUCCAAAAUACUGGGAACUACUGUAGUAGCACCAAAGUUCUAUGAUGUUUUCGCAGAAUCUCACCGGAACUUAGUCUUUCAAGAUAUGAAACCUCUAGGAUUCAUCGCUGCUGAUCGGGAGAUUGGACUUGACGAGCACCACUUGGAGGUGGCCUUAAAGAAAAUCGCAGUGUUUCACGCUGCGUCAAUCGAACUUUUGAGGAAGGAACCAACAAUUGAACAGCACUUUCGUGAAGGAACUUUUGCUGAGGCUGCAAUCGUAAAUCCGAUUUUCCAAAUGUCUUUUCGGGAUAGCAUGAAAUUAGCGGCAGGAAUAUUGAGCAAGAUGCCAGGAUACGAAAGAUUUAGUGACAAGCUGAUGAAAAUAUAUGAAAAUUUCGUCGGAAUUGCUUUGAAAAUGGUAAAACCCGAUCCGCAAAAUGAUAUCAAAGUCGACUACCAAGGGACCUUCUUCAAUAGUCUGGGAAUCGAUUUGAACUACAUUUUCAUAACGAGUGCCCAGGUGGAUCUGCUCAAACGGAAAGUGGAACUAGUGGAAAAAUAUUACUAUCCCAUCGAUCCAGGAUGUCAUCAAGCAGUUGUGGCAGCGGGAAAUAUUUAG